AUGUCUGCUCUCAUGCAUAUACGAGCGCUUCCGUGGUGUGUAGCUUGUGACAUCAGUGCCGGUCUGCUUCUUUCUACUCUCUCGCCUCUUGAGAAUUCUGGCGUACUGCUUCGGAUUGACAUAUGUCGGCUGGUCCUCUAUGACAGCGGGGUCUGGAGCGGCAAAUACCAUUCCAGGUGGGUACUGACCAAAGGCAGCGGCGGCGGCCAUCUGUGGCAUCUGAGGGGCGGUGGUUUGCGGUGUUGGCAGAGGCAUAGAUUUUCCGUCUGCGACUUGAGCUUGGACUUGUGCUUGAGCGGCAACGGCUGCAGCUGCAGCGGCUACGGUUGCCGGACUCGAUGUGACUGGGGCCUCGGUCGUAGAAACUGCAGGCGGGUCGGUGGAGACGGCCGUUGGUAUAGAAGAGUUUGCGGCGGUUGGGAGGAGGGAGGAUGUGUACAUAGCGGAGCUCUCCGUCGUCAUGGGUGGGGUAUAGUACAAAGGGAGGCGAUAUGGGGCCAGGUGUGUGUUUGCAAGGGGCGUUUCAGGUUGCUCUUACCCCAGUGUGUGUUGGUCCAAGCAGAUGACAAAGGAAGACGAUGA